GGCAAAGUACGUCAUCGAUCGAUGAUAGAAAAACAGAAAAAACGUAAAUAAUAACAGUAUAGUGAAAACCAGGGAAAACUCCUCCCAAAUUGUGCAUAAAAUUGUACCAUAAAAUGUUUACCACACAAUGAGCGACCAAUAUCCUCCGGGUAGAAGCACGAGCCACAACAGCACUAAUCCCAUCAGCAAACGUCCCCGACUGCUGUCGUUUCAAGGACCCAGUACAGAAUCUGCCACCGUGGAGGGUCCACCAAUGGCCGCUGGGCCUUCGUCUAGUUCGCUAGAGGAAAUCAAUGUUAGACAGCCAGCGCUGGCAGCGCCCGACCUAGCGAGCUGGCAAGAAGCACAGAUCGCUGCUUGCAUCGAGGACAACACGAUCAACAUGGUGCUAGAACAAUACAUUAGCUUCUUUGAAGCUCGUCACAACGGCGUUGAGGCAGAAAUGAUGGCUCGUGCGGAAGUAGCAGAAAUGGAACACCAGCAGGAAGUACUGAUAGAGGAUCGUGCAAUCAGAGCUGCCAUCAGUGAACGGGGAUUACAACCAGUCCAGGUGGAGGGCGAUGGAAACUCGGACGAUGAAAGUAGGGAUAACGUUUCGAUUGCGAUUCCGAUGGUGGUUGCGGCUGGACACCGAGCAGACGCGGACAACCAGGAUGGGAUGGACUUGCUUGAGUCGGCAGUAGUGGCAGCGAUUCAGGAGAAAGGCCUCACCAAUGCUGGCAGCAAUCAGUGUGGUCAAAUGGAGGACGGAGGUGGAAGCUAGUGGACUCGUGUAGUGACACGGGUAUGCAAUCGUAAGCUCAUCAAUAUUAGCGUUUCAGUCAUGUGUUAGUGUGUACUUUGAAAAUCGAAACAUUAAGCAUAAGUUCAUCCGGUAAGGGCGAAUAUCUCUUAUUGGUUCACUAUAAACACCUCUUACAUUAGCCUAGAUUUAAACAGAAUAUAAAACGUACUGAAAGCAA